GCGGACCGGAAUCAACUUCUACUUCCUACUUCACAAACACACCAACUCCGCUCUGCGUGGCUCAACCACCUCCCUGCGCGUUUCACGCACUUUUCUCAGGUUACAAGUACCGCAAAGUCCGAUUCGAUUCGGUUCCGAACCGCUCCGUCCUGUUCGGACCGAACCGUUAACUGGACUUUUGGGUCCAGUUAACGGGUUGGGCGGGUUUAAUUAGAGAAGUAAGAGUGGAAUGGUUCUGAUUUGGGAUCGUUAAUCAGGGGGACACUUUGGAGAAGUUCCUGGACCACCCAGACCGAACCGGACCGGCUCGGUGCUGCAGAUUUACGGCCGGACCGGAACCCUGACGUGGGUUGUUGAUCAUCAGCUGCCCGAACCGGAGCUGCUCCCCUUCCAACCCCGGGCAGGAGGACUCUGACACCCCGGUCCAGAUCCUGGUUCUGUACCGUUUCCAGGUUCUGAGCAGCCCCGAAAGGCUCGUCCGGACCGGAUCCAACUGUCCCGACGCCCCCCGACCUUCUGUUAAUGGCGUCCUUCGUCCUCCUCUUCCUCCUGGCUUUGACGGGCAGAGCCGUCGGCCAAACCAACGACUCGACAGAACCGAUGUGCCACGACUGGGGCGAGUCCAGUGAGGCGGCGGUUCUGGUUCUGGACGGCGAGGCCGGCUGGGUCUCCUGCCCGCUCUUCUCUCACCCGGCCGUCUACAACUACACGACGGCCCAGAGCGCCGGGCACGACCUGGUCUGGUACCGCCUGCUGGACGGCCACGACCUGGAGCAGCCCAUCCCCUACAGCGCGCGGGUCAGCAGAGAGCGGGAACGGCUGUGGCUGCAGCCGGCCGUCGCUAACGACACGGGGCAGUACAUCUGCAUGCUGCGCAACAAGUCGUCCUGCAGCAGGAUCGCCGUGCGUCUACAGGUGCUGCAGCGGGACCAGGCGGUCCAAUCCGCCGGAUGCCCACAGGUUGCCAUGGCAGCGACUGAGGAGCUGAUCGGCUUCCAGCAGGGGAAGACGCUGACGUGUCCAAACCUGCAGGACGCCUCCAAGAUGGCCGACAGCGACCCGACGGUCAACUGGACCUACGUGAAACAAGAUAUGUCGAAGUGUGAUCCGUACCCGUUCUGGGACAUUCACCGGGAGCAGGUCGGAACCAGGCUCCGGAUCUACACCAUGGUGAGUCCGUAUGAGGGCCUGUACAUCUGCACGGUCCGGUACCAGCGGAGAGGCGGGUCGCUGAGCUUCACCAGGAGCAUCAAAGUCUCAGGGAUCUAUCCCACCACCGUGUCCAAAGACCCGACCAUCCUCCACCCGACCAACGGGAAGGUCUUCCCAGUCAGAACCAGCUCAGACAUCCACCUGACCUGCAGAGGCCUGCUUCCUUUCAUCAUCGACAAACCUGAGCGGGAGAUUUGGUGGACGGUGGAUGGGAAGAGGGUGGAGCAGCUGAACGACGGCCGCUUCAGCCAGACCAACAGUACAAUAGACGACCACCGUGACCUGAAAGCAGAGACAAUCCUGAAUAUCAGAGAUGUCCAAUCUGAAGAUCUGCAGCGAAACUUCACCUGCUCAGUGAGAAAUGCGCGCGGCUCCAUGGCCCGCUGGGUUCAGCUGGAGGAAGAGGUGUCGCUGCCCUCCGUGGAGCUGGGCUGUGGCCUCGGCGUCACGCUGGUGCUCAUGCUGCUGCUCUUCGUGGUUUACCACGUCUUCUGGCUGGAGCUGCUGCUGCUGUACCGCUCCUGGUUCGGCACCGACGAGCGGCACACAGACGAUAAGGAGUUUGACGUCUACAUCUCGUACGCGAGGAACAGCGAGGAGGAGCAGUUCGUCCUGUCGACGCUGCGCGGCGUCCUGGAGAACGAGCUCGGCUACUCCGUCUGCAUCUUCGACCGGGACAGUCUGCCAGGAGGGACCAUCACAGACGAGACGCUGAGCUUCGUGGCUCGCAGCCGGCGCCUCCUGGUGGUGGUCAGCCCCGGCUACGCCUCGCAGGGCUCCCAGGCGCUGCUGGAGCUGAAGGCCGGCAUCGACAGCAUGGCGCUGGGCGGCCACCUGCGGGUCAUCCUGGUCCAGUACCGGCCCGUCCAGAGGCAGAGCCUGGUCCGGGAGCUGCGGCGGGCCCGCGUGGCGCUGGCGCUGGUCCGCUGGCAGGGGGACAAGUCCAAGGAGCUGACCUCCCGCUUCUGGAAGCAGCUGAGGCUGGAGCUUCCUGUGAGGAGAGCCGGCAGGGAGGAGCAGCAGGGCAGCGGCAAGGAGGCGGCGCUGAUGAGGCUCAUCAGCCAGAACAGCACCAACUCCCAGACCGGCCUCAUCAGCAACACGACCAAAAAGCCUCAGAACGUCCCCAACUCUGCAGCCUGACCCGGAACCGGAGGAGCACAGACCAGUCCGACCAGUCCAGAGUCAGAGUGUCAGACCCACUCAGAGGAUCGACGGUUCUGCCCUGGUACCAGCUGAUUGGUUGGUCCUGGAGGACAAGAAGGCUGGAUUCAUGGAGAGCCAGAGAAGGUCAAAGGUCAACCAUUUUCUGCUGAACGUGACAGUGACCUGAGCCAAGAGUCUGGCUCAAACCGGGUCAGACACUCAGGCGCCAUUUUUAAAGUUAGCUUCGAUAAUUUGGGAUAUUUAGUUUGACAUACGGGAGAAAAACGGAGGUUAAUUUCUAAAGUCAUAUUUUCAUUCCACCAUGUUGCUCAUUCAUUUAUAAAUGUCACAGAUUCAAACAAAUAUUUAAUUAGCAAGCUAAAUAUUUACCUCAACUGAGGCUGCAUAUAUUUAGUUAACUAAUAUUCAGCUUCAAACUAAACCAGGUGUUUAGUUUGAAGCUGAAUAUUUAGUUUUUUUAUUCUGGAGCAAAGUGUUUUUCACCUCCACAGUUUGCAGGCUGGUUUUCUGCUCCUCGUUUUCUGUCUGUUUUAUCUGACUUCAGGUUUUCUGCAGACCAAAAUUCACAAAUUGCGUAAAACUCAGUAUUCCCCAUAACACCAGUGUCAUAAAUCAUUUUCAUCUUCUCAUUUCUAUUUUGAACCUUUUCUGUGUGAUAAAAUGUUUUACUUGUUUUCACUCUGAAUGUUUUGACGAUCAUGAAUGUUCAAUGAAACCAUAUUUUUCAAACAUUUGCAAAAAAGUCACAUUUAUUUUCUAAAAUUGGAUUUACAGUUUUAUCAGAAAGGGGUUAAACUAGCUAAAGAUCUGUCAGGAAUCGAUCAGUGAAUGUUCUCCAUGCUCCACCUGGUGGUCAGUAGAGGAACUGCAUGUUUCAUCAAAGACAUUUGAUUGGAUCAAUUUGAAGAGAAACCAACAUGGAGAUGAAGGAUUGAAUAAGGACAUUUUAAUCCACUGAAACGUUAAAAUAUUGUCAUUUCUGCACAUUAUUUAAUUUCUUUUUAUUUGAUCAAAUAUCUGCCUACAGUUUAAUCAGUUAAAAUAUAUUUUUUGGGUUGAAAAAAGGUGAUGCUGUUUAACAUUUUAUGGGUCAGUACUUUAAUAUUAGAAGACAUUCUGCACUUUGUCAUGCUUUGCUGCAUCUGUUUUAUAUAUAUAUUUUCUUUUUUAUUAAUUAAAUAAUAUUUGCAUUUA